AUAUUAAAAGAUAACGGGAGAGUACAAAACACAAAGGACGAGGGGUGGGUUGGAUUGAGAUUGAGAAAGGAGACAUGAGCCAAACCGAGUCAAACAUCACGAGUGGCGAAGCGGAAACAUUAGUAGAAGCAGCAUUGCGAGUGUUGAACACAGCAGACCCCUUUGAGAAGGCUAAACUUGGUGACGCUGUUGCUUGCAAAUGGCUUCAAGGCAUCAUUUCUCAACCUUACCAUUCUUCUACCGACCUUCAAAUCCCUGAUCGCCCAGCACGUCCCGCCAAUGUCAAGUUGUUGUCCCCAAGUCUUAUGCCCAAGUUGGGUAAAGCUGGCAGCCUUCAUAGCCGUCAAGCAAUUAUACACAGUCUUGUGCAUACUGAGAGUUGGGCCAUUGACUUAUCAUGGGAUAUUAUUGCUCGUUUUGGCAAACAAGAAGCAAUGCCAAGGGAAUUCUUCACAGAUUUUGUUAAAGUUGCACAGGAUGAAGGUAGACACUUCAGCCUUCUUGCUAUCCGCCUUGGGGAACUGGGCUCUUCUUAUGGAGCUUUGCCGGCCCACGAUGGUCUAUGGGACUCAGCGAUUGCAACAUCAAAUGAUCUUUUGGCACGGUUAGCAAUUGAACAUUGUGUCCAUGAGGCUAGGGGACUUGAUGUGAUACCAACAACCAUUGCUCGUUUCCGCAAUGGGGGUGAUGAUAAAACAGCAGAUUUACUAGAAACUGUGAUUUAUCCUGAGGAGAUCACUCACUGUGCUGCCGGGGUAAGAUGGUUCAAAUAUCUUUGCUUGAGAUGUACAAAUCGUUCUCCUAAUGAAGAGAGUGGAAUCAAGCAAGUUGAGGAUGAUGAUGCAGUCAUUCAGAAGUUCCAUACAACAGUUAGAACUUUUUUCAGAGGGCCUUUGAAGCCACCUUUCAAUGUAGAAGCAAGGAGAGCUGCUGGAUUUGUCCCUGAAUGGUAUGAACCACUUGCUGUCAAAGAGCUAGAGGCUUCUCCCUAAUGUCAAAAUUCCAACUUAAGAGUGUUGUGUUUUUCAACACCACAUCUUUUUCUAUUAUUUAACCCCCGCUUUAUCCUUUUUAGUUGAACUUUGCUAUUGUGUGCCGGCAAUACCCACCCCCUACAUUGAUUCUUAAUUUUGUGUAUUAAGCUAUCAGUGUUGUAUUGAAACUACAAUCCUUUUAUUAGGCAUGGAAAAGCAAAACCCUGACACAUCAAAA